AUGUCUUCGUUUGCUGAGGCUCAUGGUGUUCCGACUAGAACUGGUGAAUCUGGUCCUGUGAUUUUAGAUCGCAAUGAAAGUGUUUUCACAAGGAAACCUGAUGUAUCGACUGAUAAACUAGAGACCUGUGCCUCAAGUGACUCAAAAAGUCAUUCUGAUGGUUCAGACAACUAUUCUAGUGUGCCUGAAACAUCAGAUAAUACAUCAGAAACUCAUGAAGAGGGAUCAUCUGAUGAACCUGACAGUCAAGUUGCAGAUUCUGGUACAUCAGACAACGAGCGUAGUACUUCUGAGAAUUCUGAAUGUGCCAAACACUCAGAUUUAAGUAGUGCAAAGCCCGAAGAGAGUCAAACAGGUUCAAACAUAGACUGCUCUUUGCAUGAGAAACCAGAAUCAGCUGAUGUCAAGGACUCGGAGGUUGACGAAGCUAAAGAAAAGAUUUUCGCAGAAUCCAUUUCUGAAGAAACUAAUGUGAUCUCGAAGCUUGAGGAAAAGAGGUCCAUAGACAUUAAUUCGUCAGUUGAUUCAAAUGAUGAAACUGAAGAAGAGAUAUUUGUGGAAACCUUUUCUACCAAAACUCCUGAAAAGAUGGUUUCUGAAGAAAAGGAAUCUGUGGAAGUAAAUUCGACAGAUAAUUCAACUUUUGACCCCAAAAGAUCAGACUCUGAAGAAAGUGUUUCUAAUGAAACAAAAUCUCCUGAAUCUGUUCCUUCUAAGAAGAAAAGAUCACGUAAAAAUAGAAGACCACGCAAAAAGAAAGUUCGAAAGGAAAACCUAAGCCUCGGGCAAACUGAACCUAAGCUGAAGGGUAAAGCUGUCGAUACUUGCUCUUGUGCUGAUAACUGUAAGCAGGGUUCUUCAAAGAUAAAACAUACACACAAGAAGUCAUCAUCAAAAGAAAAGAAAGGACUUGAUCAGUUCCCUGGAAUAACACAAGCAGAACUAAAUGUCUUUUUCUCAAAGAGACAAACAUGUUUUAAUUGUGGAAUUCCAGGGCACAUUGCUAGAAAUUGUGUUAAUCGGCCUUUCGUGCCUCACUACUCUGGUAACACACAUCAUCAGAAGGCUAUGCAUUAUCGAUCGGACGGAAAUCGAUUUUCUCGAGCCAAGUCUUCUGAUGGAGACUGGAAUCUAGCGAAAAAGAACAAUCAAAAGUUUUCAAACACAAAUAGGUUCCAAAGACAUCAUAUGGAGUCAAAAGUCUCAUCUUUAUACAAAAAUAUGUCAAACAACAACACUGACUCUAAGAUUUGGAAGCCCACGGUUCUUACUAGAUCCCAGUCUCAGAGUUCACAACCGUCAACAUCGACGUCUUCACCUCAAACCUCAAACUCUACUAAAAGUUAUAUGAUCUUUCGUGAGGUUUCAUACACUGAUAACAAUGGUCAACUUAGGUCAACAAUGGCCUGGGUUCCAGUUUCUAAUUAA